AUCCUGGUUACAAUGUUAAAGUUUUCAGACUAAAGUUAAAAUUUUAAUGUUAAAUUAAGAUUAUUUUGUUUUAUUUUGGUGGCAGUGACGCCUCCAGGCUCUAGGGGGCCACCUUACCAAUCUGUUGUUGACGUGCGUCAUCACCAUGCGACGGAGCAUCAAAGAGCGCUCUAACUACAUAUUAAGGAGCGCCAGAUUUCAUCUGUAAACAAAAGGAAAAAGAAGAGUUUUUACUGCUUACGCCCACAGACUGAUGGGUGGGUUGUAGCAGCUGCAGCGAUGAGGAUCCAGCUGCAGGGCCCUGGCCAUGCUGCCAGCGUUCUCGCUGAGCUCAAUCGCUGCCGUCAGACCCGUCAGUACUGUGAUGUGUUCCUACAAGUUGGAAACCGAACUUUCGCCGCCCACCGUGCGGUGUUGGCCUGUGCUGGGACGUACUUCCAGAGCCUGUUCACCCGGGCUGCCGCGGCGUCUGCCGUCUUCUCUCUGGAGUUUGUCUCUCCUGCUAACUUUGAGAAAGUGCUGAUGUUCGUGUACACGGGGCAGGUCUUGAUAGAUCUGAUUGACGUGGGGGUUCUGUAUGAACUGGCUGAGAGGCUUGGCGUCGGUGAGCUGGUCAGGGCUUGCCACGCUACCUUCCCUGACUUGCAGGCGUCUGCUGCGUGCAGAGCAGGCGGUUCUGGAGAUCUCCCCCUGGACUCCUGCAUGGGCGCUCCUGCAUCCACAGCUGUCAGUGCAGCCUCGGUUUCGUCUGUAUGCUCCCCUGCUGCCUCUUGCUCCUCCCUGUCUUCAUCAGUGGGGGCGUGCACUGCUCCAACUCCUGCUGCUGCUCCUUCGCCUCUCUUUCAAUCCAGGGCCAGCAGGCAGGAAGCUCACGCUGACGCUCUUACUCUGGAAAUCAAAGCAGAAGACGUCCAAUCCCAUAUAGGCUACGAGCAGCAGGAUCAUCAGCUACAUGGUGAACAUCUUUUAUCCACUGGCAACUUUUCUUGUCAGACUGAUGGUGUUCUGCCCCCCGGGCCGGUGCUUCAGCUGAAAACCGAGCAAAUCCUGGAGGAUGGGGCGACAGAAAGAUGUAAAGAAGGAGACCAAAACACUCAAAUGAUUUCUGCGAGCGUGAGCAGCAUUCAGAACAUCAAUCCCAUUCCAUCUGACUCCUGCUCCCUCCCAGACUCCUCCGGUCAGCUGGGAGGGGAAGCCCGCCCCCCAACGUCAUCCUCAGAAGAGCAGGGGGGCGGCCUUCGUGUGAGUUCGGUGGGGGGCGGGGUGAUGGACAUACAGAGAGAUGGCAGGAUGAUGUUUGAUGACGGGGAAAGGGAGGGAUCUGGGGAGCAGACGGAUCCUCUUCCGGGUGCAGAGGAGGAGCAGUGGAACCAGUUGACAGGUGAAAUCAUCGAGCUCAGUGAUGAUGAGACAUACCUGGAGGAGGAGGAGGAGGAGGAGGAUGAAGAUGAUCUUGUGUUUGUGGAAAACGGCGACAUAACAGGAGGGACUACAACCAAUCAGGUGGAGCGGAGCCCACUCACGUGUAAAGCCUGUGGAGCAGCCCUCCUUGCAGACCCUGCUGCCAUCAGGAGCCACUGCGAGACCCACCUGACCGAGCUGGGGCUCUGCAAGUUGUGCGGGGCCUCGUUUUCAGACAGCACCGCUGGCGUCCUCCACUGUCUCUCGCACGUGGGGGUGCAGCUCUUCACCUGCGACAUGUGCCGCCUGCAGUUCUGCAGCCUCAACAAGCUGCUGCGACACCGCAACCACUCUGCCUGCAGUUACAGCAUUCCACAGGGGGCGCUCAGCCAAGACCCCACCGCAGAGCUGAAGUGCGGCGUCUGCUUCAAAACCCUCAACAAGGACUUUGAGGUUGUGAGAGAGCACACCCUGAGCCAUGUCUGCCCCCAGAGCCUGACCUGUGGAGUCUGCCACGCCCCCCAGCUCUCCCUGUGCUCCCUGCUGUGGCACUGCCUCUCCCACGUCUCCCUGCCCGUCUUCUUCUGCCCGCACUGCGCCCUCUGCUUCGUGGAGCGCCCCCUGCUGGACAGGCAUAUGAGCGUGCACGCAGAGGAGGCUGCAGCGAAGGAACAGGAGCGUUUAGCGCUGCGGGCUGGCGGAGGCGGAUCUGCAGGGGGGGUGAGGGAGGUGCGCUGCUUCCUGUGCCCGCAGACGUUCCGCUCCCCUUCUGCCUUACAGAACCACCUCAGCCUGCACACCCCGGACUCUCUCGGGGGUCACAGCUUGUUAGGCAAACGUAAAGCUGACCAGCCCCCAGACGGCCCUCUGUUAUCCUGCUCCUCCACACAGGACAUGGGGAGUCUCAGUAAAGCUGUCAGCCUGGGUUUGGGUGCAGGAAUGAGCUUUAACAUGUCUGAAAAGUUCCCCCAGGAGCUCCUUCAGGGUUCCUCUGGGGUUUUCACCAAUGGGAACUCCGGGCAGGAAGGCGGUGGGGCGCGUGGGAAGUGGUACAGGUGCCGCUUCUGCGGCAAACGGUUCGCCCACUCGGGGGAGUUCACCUACCACCUCCGAAUCCACACCGGAGAGAAACCCUACCAGUGCAAGGUGUGUCUGCGCUUCUUCAGAGGCCGCUCCACUAUGAUCUGCCACCUGAAGACGCACGCCGGCGCCCUCAUGUACCGCUGCACCGUGUGCAACCUUUUCUUCUCCACCGUGAAGCUGGUGUCCUCGCACAUGGAGCUCCAUAAGGACCAGCUGCCUCCAAACUUCAAGAUUGAGGAGACCUUCAUGUACAACGAUCACUCUAAAGAGCCUCUGCAUCACAUAGACUCCUGAUGGACCAAUCCUCCUCUCACCAAUGUAGCAAAAAUUCAACAGAAAUAUUUGGAUGAUCCAAUUUGUUCCCCCAACAAUGUUAAUUAACCCGUUUAGAACCUUUUCAGAGUCAGCUAAACAGAUUUAAAUGGACCCAAGUUGCAGGUUAAUUUAGAUUUAGUCCAAAAUGUGAGUAAAAUGAAGAGAAACAUCCACAGCUGGAAGCAUCUGGAAGUGUUUCUCUUUCUUCUCUGACUCGUUUACAGUCUCUUUCUGGUGUUGAUCUGUAAUCAUGAUCAUGCUUUUCUUUUAACCACGUCUGUCUUCAUCUGUGAUCAGUAAGUUCGGCUUCACAUGAGCUGGAAGGGAGAGGAAACCUCUUGGCGGCAUUGUGUCUUUGUGCCGGCGAAACUCCGAAGAGCCCCGUUUACUCUGUCUGCCACCAAUAACAUUGGAUCCUAACCGCUGGACCGUCCUCUCUGGGUUUUCAGGACUUGGGAGUGACUCUGUCGCCUUAAUGCAGCAUCAAACACUGUUGAAGACUCUGUGUCUUAAUUUGUUCUAAAAACGUAUUUAUUAUUUUUAUGCAUUUAUACUUGUGUGUAUUUCUAAAUCUGGCUAAUAAAGUUUAUAAAAUGUUU